AUGGUCAGCCGCUUCUGUGAGCAGCAUUUCCUCCAUGAGGUGGAUGACCUGUUGUGUGCAGAUGUGGACAUGAAGUUCUGUGACCAUGUGGGCAUGGAGAGCCUGUCCCCCCUCUUUGGCACCCUGCACCCCAGUUUCUACUGGGUGUCCCAUGAAGACUUCAGCUACCAGUGCCAGCCACAGUCCCAGGCCUACAUCCCCAGGGGCCAGGGUGACAUUUACUACCUGGGGGCCUUUUUUGGGGGGUUGGUGGUGGAGGUUCACUGA